AUGCUGCAUGUUAUCUACUAUGCUGGACAUGGAGUGACGAAUAAGUAUAGAGAGACCUUUGGAGUGAUACCAUAUAUUGAAAAAAUUAAAUUAGACACUGGUGAAAUAAUUGAGUAAAAACGUGUUGAAUACUUUAAUUUCACAAAUUUCGCAAAUGAAAUGGCAAAGUUUUCAAAAUGUGCAACAAUUAUAAUUCUUGAUUGUUGCAGGGAAUUUAAACAGGAACUGAAUUCUGAGUUGUAAAAAGGGAUAUUAGUUUAGCACCAAAAAAAUCUUGGUAUAUGCUAUUUGAUCGAAGCAGUAUCUGAAGGAUAAUAUGCUGGUGCCAUUCCCACUGGUGAAUUCAUUGAAAACUUUUAUCAAGACUACAUAUGCUAUAUGGAAACAUUUAGUCAUGAUUGCUGUAUAAGUGAUUAAUAUUAAAGUAGGCAGGUCAAUCUUCACGUUGUAUACAAGCUUGAAGAUAAAAACCAGUAUAUUUGCUAACCUUGCUAUAUGAAGAAUAGUAAUACUGUUUAGACUUCAGUUGAAAAAAAUUAUUAUCAGGAUUUGGCAUAUAUUGAUUUGCCUAUCAACACUGACUACCCAGCAAUAGCGAGAUUCGAUAGCUAUAUUUUUAUUUCUGGAGGUCAUCGUCGUAUUUAAAGCUAUAAUAAUUAAUUUGAUUGGACGGAUAAUCUUUAUAGAGUUGACCUAGCUUCUUAUUAACCAUAUCCAGAACUUUUGCAUUAAUUCAAAAAGUUUUUGAUAACUCCAACAUUACUAUGCAAUAAAUUACUGUCAUAAAUAGACAAAUCUGUGAGAGGUUUGUAAUUUUUCUAUUUGGGCUAUUGUUAGGUUGAAAAACUCUCUAGAAUAUAUUACUACUCUUAGCCAAAUCUUAGCUAAGAAAGAAUGGAAAAUGAAAAAAUUUCAAGUUAGAAUUAAGAAAAAGAUUUAAAUACAUAUUCUAUCAACAAUUAACUUAAGGAAUUAAAUUACACUUAUUCAUACCCAGCUAUGUUUAUUUUUUAAGGAUACUAUCUCAUAUUAUAUGGUGGUAUUAACAUAAUUACUUUGGAAACUACAAAUAGAUUAUUGAUGAUUAAUAUUGAAGAUUUUCGUAAUCCUAAAGUUACUGAAAUCGCUCAGGAUAAUACAGUGGAAGAGAAAUAUUGUAAUUAAGAUUACUUCUUUGGCAAUCAAAUAUUAGAGAAUAAGGCUAAUAAUUUCAAAUUGAGAGGAUAACAUGGAAUUUAUAAAGCCAGUUUGCUAGCACCAAAUAAGAUUUCUGUAGUGAAAGUAUUUAGUUUUUGA